UUUGGGGCUAGUCUGGGGACCAACGACGGGCGCCACCUGGUAAACUUGAUGGAGCCGUCAGCAGGGGCUGCAAACACGGAAUCCGCGAGGCGGCGCAGCGCGCACCUGUUCGCUGCAGCGGAGAAGGAGGAAAAAGAGGAGGAGCCGGAACUGGAGCCGAAAAGGAAGCCGUCUCACUCUUCGAAGAGGCUCGGGCGGAGCAUGGAAGAGCGCCAGAAUGUAGUCUUUCGAGAGGUGGUCAAUUACGAACCAACUCCCUUGCCAGUUAGAAACUAUGACAAGAACACCAGUGAACCUGUCAGUUUUUACCUUUCUUCACUGGAGGAGCUUCUGGCAUGGACCCCAAAUAGCGACGAUGCCUUUAACAUUGCUAUGAUACCCCUAGCGGCUCGCCAACCCUCACUUCAGAGUGAGAGGCCUCGUACUCUGUUGUGCCAUGACAUGAAGGGUGGUUACUUAGAUGACAGGUUUAUUCAAGGCUCAAUGAAAGAGACUCCCUACACCUUCUACCACUGGCAAUUCAUUGACAUCUUUGUGUACUUCAGCCAUCACACAGUCACCAUCCCUCCAGUGGGCUGGACCAAUGCUGCCCAUAAGCAUGGGGUCUGUGUGCUGGGGACCUUAAUCUCAGAGUGGACAGAAGGUGGGAGGCUCUGUGAGAAAUUCUUAUCUGGAAACCCAUCCUCUUACCAGAAAGUGGCAGAUCAGCUAGUCCGAAUUGCCCAGUUUUUUCGCUUUGAUGGCUGGCUGAUUAACAUAGAGAACCAGCUGAGCAUGGCUGCAGUGAAGAACACUCCUUCCUUUCUGCGCUAUCUGACUGAUCAGUUGCACCAGUAUAUACCAGGUGGAUUAGUGAUUUGGUAUGACAGUGUGGUGAAGGAUGGCCAGCUGAAGUGGCAAAAUGAAUUGAAUGAAAGUAAUAGGAUAUUCUUUGAUUCCUGUGAUGGUCUCUUUACCAAUUACAACUGGAAGGAGGCAAACUUGGAACGUAUGGCAUCAGUUGAGGAGCGCAAGGCAGAUGUGUAUGUUGGAGUGGACAUAUUUGCCCGGGGAAAUGUCGUGGGAGGUGGAUUUGACACAAACAAGUCAUUGGAGCUGAUCCGGAAGCAUGGAUUCUCAGCUGCUCUCUUUGCUCCUGGCUGGGUAUACGAGUGCUUGGAUAGUAAGGAUUUCUUCCAGAACCAGAACAGGUUCUGGAGUUUGCUCGAGCAAUACCUGCCCACUCACAGCAUUUGUUCCCUACCCUUUGUCACCUCAUUCUGUCUGGGCAUGGGAAUACGGAGAGUCUCCUAUGGACAGGAGGAGACACUGGGACCCUGGUACCAUUUGAGUGCUCAGGAAAUCCAGCCCAUCUUUGGCGAUCAUAUACAAGAAAAUGGGUCUGGUUGGGUGAGGAUUCAUAGCUGCUUGAUGGAUGCCUGGAAUGGAGGAAGCUCCCUGCUUGUUCGUGGGAUGAUUCCUUUUGCCACUGGGAAAGUAGCUAUGAGGCUUUUUUCUCUGCAGGUCCUAGCACCACCAAAGCUUUUUCUGUCCCUAACAUAUAAACUGGAAGGGCGUACAGAUAUUGCUGUUGCAUUGGAGCUCUCCACCUUGGAUUCUGGAAGAUGUGACAUUGGAGACAUCUCAUCUUUACAUGCAGAGCCAAGUAUUAGGCACACUCCCAGACCUCUCCAGAAGCCCCCGGCCAAGCUGCUUGGGUGGUUUGAUAGAUGCAGCCAACAGUUCGAUGGGGGCUGGAUCCAUCGCUGCUAUGAAGUGAAUCUUCAGAACUGCUUCUUGCAAGAUAUCUUUGUAAAUUUCUCACGCCCCUUAGGCAGCCAGAAGGAUGAAAACUUUACUUGUCGCCUUGGAGAAAUCCAGGUAGUGGAUGCAGACAGCCUAAUGAUACCUUUGCCCCAGGUUCGGGACAUUACUGCCUCCCACACCUGUUGGCAGCAAAUCCACUCAGAGAGAAACAGAUUCAAAACUAAGCUCCUUCUCAGCUGCACUCUUCUCUGGUCCUACCCCCUAUCCCAAGCCCGUUGCUUCCGUGUCUACCAUUUGGGAGGGAGUUGUUCUCGUAGACAGGAGCUGCUGGAGUCAGAAGAGCCCAUGUUCCUGGGUCUGGCCCAUGCCAAUAUGUACCGUGUGGUGAACCUGGUAGUAGAAGCCCCAGAUGGCCAGGAGUGCUUUGUGGAGUUCCUGAUACAGCCAGUCCCCAAGGAAGGCUUCUUGGUUCCUCAGGCAAAGUGGGGCAGUUUGACCCUGCUGUACUCUAAACCCAGUGCCUAAGCAUUAAAGCAGAACUCUCUUAUUGACUCCA